AUGAGGGUUCUUUGUGUGGCUGAAAAGCCUUCAAUUUCCAAGGCUGUUGCCGGCCACUUGUCUGGUGGAAGCAUGCAAACCCACAAUACAAGGAAUCAAUACAUCAAGAACUACUCGUUUGAUUUCGACUUUGGCCAACCUUGGGGGUCAUGUUCCGUCACAAUGACCUGCGUCACUGGUCACCUUACCGCUGUCGAGUUUACCAACGAGUACAAGAAUUGGAGCUAUCCUCCGCCAGAGACUUUGUUCAACGCUCCUAUAGUUACCAAUGUUUACGAUGAUAAGAAGACUAUAGCCAAAAACCUAGCAGACCAAGCCAAGUACGCCCGUCUUUUGGUGAUAUGGACGGAUUGCGAUCGUGAAGGCGAACAUAUCGGGCAGGAAAUUGUGGACGCUGCUCGCAAAGGUAAUGCCGAUAUACAAGUCAAGCGAGCCAAGUUUAGCAAUGUUGAACGAGCCCAUGUCCUCUCUGCAGCCAGAAGAUUGAUUGAUCUGGACGGGAGGCAAGUCGAUGCCGUUUCUACAAGAAUUGAACUUGACCUGCGCAUCGGUUAUGCGUUUACACGAUUCAUGACGAAUAGCCUGCGGCCGCUUGGUGGUCCAAUGGAAAAUCUAACGCUGAGCUACGGAUCUUGCCAGUUUCCCACAUUGGGUUUCGUGGUUGAUCGAUAUUUUCGUGUCAAGAAUUUCGUUCCAGAACCAUUCUGGAGUAUCAAAGUCAUGCACAAUCGGGACGGCAAGAAAGUGAACUUCAGUUGGGCUAGGAAUAGACUUUUUGAUCGCAUGACAACCAUUCUUCUUUACGAAAGAUGCCUCGCGGCAAAAACAGCAAAAGUGGCCAACGUACAAGAAAAGCCGACACGGAAAUACAAGCCUUUGCCACUGACGACGGUCGAGCUCCAGAAAGCUGCUACUCGCCUACUUCGGAUAAGCGGUCAACAAGCUAUGUCGAUUGCGGAAAACUUAUACAACAAGGGGUUCAUAUCUUAUCCUCGCACUGAGACUGAUCGAUUUGACAAAGGCAUGAAUUUGAAGGCGCUGGUCCAGAAGCAGACUCCAGACCAACGAUGGGGCCAAUUUGCUCAAGGCUUGGUCAAUGGAGCGUUUAAACAGCCACGAGAAGGCAAGCAUGACGACAAGGCACAUCCACCAAUCCAUCCCAUCACCUAUGCGGCACCUAGCGUCCUAAACUUCGACGAAAGCCGUCUAUACGAAUAUGUUGUCCGACGAUUUCUGGCGUGUUGCUCUGAAGAUGCCGUCGGCAUGGCUACCGACGUUGAUCUGCAAUAUGCAGAUGAGAACUUCAGCGCGCACGGUGUUAUUGUGCUCGAGAGAAACUAUCUUGAUGUUUUCAUAUACGACAAGUGGGAAAACACGAUCGAACUACCCAAAUUCACCAAAGGCGAAACAUUCCAGCCUACAGAAGCAAUGAUGACCGAGGGCAAGACCUCACCACCUAACUAUCUCACAGAGGCUGAUCUGAUUGCAUUAAUGGACGCCAACGGGAUAGGGACAGAUGCAACAAUGGCAGAGCACAUUCAGAAAAUCCAAGAUAGAGAGUACGUUGCUACUAUUGAACGAAGCGGUGCAACAGCAGGAGACGACGCUGAUGGCACGCAAGAUGAGAUAUUGUCGUCGUCCAGAGGUGGUAGAGGAAGAGGCAGGGGACGUGGAGGAAGGGGCCGUGGGAAUUCAACAUUAUCUAAUGGCAGAAGAGGUGGUAUCCGUGUCUUUGUCCCAACACAGCUGGGAGUCGCCCUGAUCUUAGGGUACGACCGGAUGAAUUUCGAAACCAGUCUUGGUAAACCGUUUCUGCGCAAGGAAAUGGAGCUCAAGAUGAAGGCAAUUUGCGAAGGUCGAACAACAAGAGCGGUCGUCCUCCGUGAAAGCAUAACCCAAUACCGGCAAGUCUUUAUGCAGACGCAAGAGAAGCUAGAUGUUCUUCGUGCCGCUUGUCGCGAAUUCGUGUUUGCUCAGCCAGCUCUGGAUCAGUCAUGCUGUGAUCCUACUACCGAUCCCGAGGUGCGCCAAAUAGAUACAGGCAACCCACGCAACCGAAGACGAAAAUGCUUGGACCUCUACCCAAGCCUGGAUUGGGCUCAGUCUGACAAUGGCCUCGGCAACGCUUGA